CCAUCGACAUCAUUAGAGCUCACUCAACGUUUAUCUAAGCAAGGUCGAUUCAAUUGCUGUUCGAAUAUAUAUAUUUUAUUUUUUAAAUUAUUCUUCUUUAUUACUAGAAAAAUAAUAAAAUGAAUUAUUUAUAUUUAUCCAGUAUUACAAUAUGGAUGUUUAUAAUUAUUAUAAAAUUAAAUGUGUCAUCGGUAACAUCAAAAUUAGUUCCAAUUAAGAAAGGUGAUCCAACAGAAUGGCGUGAAAAUGGAGCGGAAGCCAAUUUCGCUCAAUUCAAUAACUUGUAUGCAGUAAGUGUCAAUGAAGAGUUGGUGAACACUUUUGACUGUUGUAAUGGUAAAUGUGAUAUGGUAGUAGAUGCACUAUCAGAUUAUCUUGACGAUGCAGAAGAAUUACCUUACCCCAAUCAAUGUGUUGGAUCACUUCGCUCUUGCUGGUUCGAAAAAGAAAGUGAAGAACGAAAAAAAGCAGUAGCGGACUACGAAAACUCAAAGAAAAUUAAGUAUGGUUCGAAUGUACGUGUAACCAUCUAUCCUGAUGAAAGAGAUAUAUCUCAUUAUCGCGAUGUACUAUCUCGUACUGGUAACAUUUGCAAGUGCUUAUGUGAACGAGAUGAUAUUUCAACUGCUACUAACACGCGUGGUGAAUUACUUGAUUCCAUUUGUUUUGAUCCCGUUUCAGUUGAUAAUGGAUAUGUUGCAACGGGCGCGAGAUUCAAAAGACACGGUAAUGUAAUGUACCUUGAACUUCAACAAGGAAUAUUAUCACUAGGGAAAAUUGAUCCAUCAACUCUCAAGUGGACGACUUCUAAUAAUUGUAACGUAAAAACGAAACUUUUUAGGAAUUUCCGAAACGAUAGUACUUACGAUUCUUUACGAAUCAGACUAGAGGAUCUUACUUUAUCAGAGAAUGCAGUUGUCACAGGUGUUACGUUGGGUGAUUCAUUGCGCGGACGAUACGUCGAUAACGAUGGUAAUUUUAAUGAAAAUGAACCCGAAGUUACACAAAAAAGUCAAUGCCAUGGAAGUGCCAUCGAUAUGUUAUCUCGUUAUCCAGAUUAUCUGCCGUCCACAGCUUUAAUAGGAAAUAAUGAAGAACUCAGUGAAUCAUGCAAAUUUUCGGUAGCUUUUAGUGGAACUAAAGAGAGUUCUGAUAAUAUACAACAUAUAGUUCCAUUUGUCGAUAUACAGGAGGUCGUCACCGAUCAAAAUUCACCUAAACCUAUUCACGGAAUCGGUUGGUAUCAUCGUGGUUUUCCUGGUUAUGGAGGAUUUCUAGCUCUCAAGAUUUUCACGAAAGAAUAAUAAUAUUUAUUUCAUCAGUUUCGAUGUUAAUCUAUUCAAUAUAAUUCAAUGUACUUAAAAUUGUAUUGUUUAUAGAAUUGAAAUUUAUAAUUUUUCGAAUUUAUUGAAAAUUGUAAUAAAAAUACGAUUUUAUUUUUCAAAGACGAAAUAUAUGUCUGUUAAAAAUAUA